UUUAUUGAACAGUAUUCAAGUAGAAUUUAGACUUAGGAGGUAGUUAGUAGUAUAAGGGGGAAUUGUCAGUUUGUUAGUAAUUCUGUUCAUUUGUGGGUUUAAUUGUUUCUUGUUACUAUAAAGUGGAGAUCAGGGAUUUUCUUUCUUUUAACCAUUCUUUUAAUAGUUUGAGGGGAAAGACAAGCUUCUGAGUGUUUCAGGGGUAAUUAUUAGAGGGGAACCCCUACUCCUGUCAUAACAGGUUGGGGCUUGUGUUUUAGUUUAAUCAUCAGAGGAGUUCAACCUUUUCCCCUCUGUAACAAAGUGUAGAAUGAAAGAGAAAAUCAGAAGGAUCACAGGUGUAGAAUGAAUUGGAUGUUAAUUAGGAAAAGGGGGAAGUGAGGGAAACUGGAAAUGUUAAAAUGACAGAGCGUAUCAGCAAAGUCACAGAAAUAGAUUUUCAUUGAUUUCAAAUUCCACCAUCUACCGCUGCAGGAUUUGAACCCAGAACUUCAAGGUCAGUGCCAGUCUGAAGAGAAUGUCCACAGACUGUAACAUGUGGAACAAUACAACAGUUCAGUCUCCUGCUGAUUUGGGCUACAUCAUGUGUGACUACUGUAUCGAGAAUCCAACACCGGCUGCAAAGACAUGUUUAAAAUGUGAAGCUUCACUUUGUGCUUUUCAUUUGCAACCACAUCUGCUCAAACCGGCCUCCAGUGGACACAUCCUUAUUGAACCUGUAGCUGACCUCACAAGCAGGCAAUGUUCUGACCAUAAGGAACUCUUACAGUUCUAUUGUAAAGAUGAUGCUGUAAGUUUGUGUGGUGGCUGUAUAAUAGUGGGUAGACACAAGUCCCAUACACUGCAGAGUCUGGAACAGACGCAAGCCUCUAUUCAGGAUGAAUUGCAGACAGAAGUUGAGAAGCUUCGAGGAGUCCAGCAGAAUUGUUCCAGCAAACAGCAAGACUUAGACAGAAGUGAAGCUGAAAUACAGAUACGAAUCAGUGAACUGAAAGGAAAUCUACAGAAGAUCUUCUCUGAAUGGAAGAGAAAGCUGGAAGAAGGUGAAGCAUCCACAAUGUCACUGAUUGAUGAGGAGGGUCUCCGCAUACUUUCACAGAUUAGAAGCUGUUCUGGAGCUUUAAACCAGAGGAUGGAACGGAUAACAUUAAUUGAUAGGGAAACCCAGAAUCUUGUACAGAAAGACCCUGUCUUCUUUAUUCAGAACUCGAGGCAGCUCCUUUCCAGAGUGACUGAGACUCAGAACAUCACAGAGCUAGAUGUUCCAGUGAUCACCCUGAACCUGUCCAAUAUAUCUCAAUGUCUCCAGAAGAAGCUGAGUGGAUGGGAACGGUACCACUCGGACAUAUUGGGAAUCAUCAUGUCAGCUUCCACCAAACACAUGGACACAUCAAAUGUAUCUCCUUUCCCACACAGCACCUCUGGGAAAGCCCCUGUCACAGGGAAAGUCCUCCAGACGUCAACUCAGCUUUGCAGGAGGGCUGGAAUAUUCCAAGGGAAAAGCCCAUUGAGCCUGGAUCCAAAGACAGCAAACUUCAACUUGGCUCUGUCUCAUGAUCUGAGAUCGAUGACAUGGACUGAACAGCAACAGCCCUAUCCACCUCACCCAGAGAGGUUUAAGCAUCAUCCCCAAGUCCUCUGCUCUCAGAGCUUCUGCUCAGGAUCCCAUUCCUGGGAUGUGGACACUGCUGGAAUUUACUGGGGAAUAGGGAUUGUGUGUGGGAAUGCGGUCAGAGAGGGAAUAGAUUCAUACCUUGGCAACAGCAUUAACUCAUGGUGUUUAUACUUUUAUGCUGGUUCUUUUCUCCGAGCCUGUCACAACAACAAGGCCAUAUUCCUCCGACAACUUCCAUUAAAUAGCAGGAUCCGAGUCCAGUUGGACUACGAGGCUGGGACUUUGUCAUUUCACCAAGUUACUGAGUCACUGACACAUUUGCACACUUUUCAAACCACAUUCACUGAACCAGUGUUUCCAGCAUUUUGUUGUUGGAAAGAAUCCUUAAGACUGAUUGAUUAAUUCUCAUAUCUAUGAUUCAGUAAACUCAUUUUUCAUUUCAGAAGCAUCAUUUGGGAUGGGAUCUUGGAGUGGUUUCGUUCCCAGUUGCAUGUUUUUCUGCUGUCGUUUACAGAUUGGAGUACAGAGGCAGGCCCCUCUUGUUUCUGCACUCUUCGGUGACUUAAAUUUAAAUUCUGUCUCUCUCUGAUGAUGUCAUUCCCAGGUCUGUCCUUUCUGAUGAUGUAAGUAACUGAACUAGCUGGUUUUAAAGAUGUCACUGAUUCUACAGCCAGUUGUUUUUGUUGCGUUUUCCGCAAUUCACAGUUUUCCAUCCCAAGUUGUGUUGCCCCAUUGGCAAUUAUGCUUUCCAUUGCCAAGGCCUGAAGCUCUGAAGUUCCCUUCCUAAGUGCAUCACCUCUCCAUUUCAAGUUCCCACUAGGACGCUACCACUUUGUCCAAGCUUUAGCUCUAUACUCUGAAAAGUUCUUUGUGGAUUUGAUUUCCUCUUCUUUUUACCCAGCAGUGUUAUCACGUAAAACCAAAUCACGGUGAUUUUUUUUGUUUUUGUUUAUAACUAUCAGCCUUCACAAGUAAAGCACUUGUGUGGCCAGUUGGAUAUUUACAAAUGAAGCCCAUUACAGGCCAAGCAAAAUAUCAAAAUUGAGGAAGGGGUAGGGAGGAUAUUAGGUUUUAUGAGGGCCUAAGCAACUGGGCUCAGAGCUUGACAGAAUUUAAAUCCCCAAAUGCAUAUGAAAAAGUCUUCUGUAUAUCCUGCUUUUUUUGUUAAAUGUUAAAAUUAUCACUGUUUAUUGUAUUUUUAAUAAACCAAUUGCUUUUGA